AUUGAAUUAAAUUAAAUGUCAGAUCCAAAAUAAAGAGCUAUGCGAUUAAAUAUAAAUCCUAUUGAAACUAUCCAUUAAGGUGCAUAGAUUCUCAAAGUAUAUUCAAAUUUAUAAGAUAAUAGAAAUUAGCAUUUAAUAUUAAUAGUGGAGGGUCUUCUACUUUUAGAGCCUUUAGUGCUCCAAAUGCUGAUUAAAAUAAUAGAAUGUAAUUGGAAAUCCCAUCUUAAUAUAACACUAUGUAUGAAGAAAUAGCUAAAAUUGGAUAAGGAAAUUUUGCUAUUGUAUUUAAAUGCAGAAAUAUUCUCGACUAAUCCAUCUAUGCAAUCAAAAAGACGAAGGCUUAACCUAAAUAGAACUUAAAAAAUAGUGAUGCUAGAUAAGAAGCCUGCAUUUUAGCAAAGUUAUUUAGUUAAAGUGACACUAAACAUAUUGUUCAGUAUUACAAUUGCUGGAUUGAAUAAAACUAGUUUUUUUUAGUUAUGGAAUACUGUGAUUACAAUCUCAAGCAUUAAUAACAAUAUUAAGAAUGGGAAGUCAAAAUUAUUUUAAAACAUAUUCUAGAAGGUUUAAGGUUUUUACAUAACAAAAAUCUAGUUCAUAUGGAUAUUAAACCAGAGAAUAUAUUAUUUAAAAAAAAAGAUUUAAGUUACAAACUUGCUGACUUUGGAUUAUCAAGACUCUAAUUUUUAUAAGAAGAGGAAGAUAUUCGAGAUGGGGAUCAAAGAUAUACAGCUCCUGAAAUCAUGGAAUAUGUAUUAAAAACUUUAUCUAGAUGAAUUUUGGUACUCCAAUAGAUUUAUAAAAAGUUGAUAUUUUUGCACUUGGAUGCACUAUCUUUGAAUUAAUGAUUCAAGAGGAAUUACCAAAAUCUGAUAAUCAAUAUCAUGAAUUGAGAAGAGGCAUCAAUAAACGUCAUUUUAAAGAUGUAGGUAAAUAAAUUAGUUUUUAAUUAAUUAGGAAUUCUAUAUUCUGAUUCUUUAAUUGAUAUUGUUUGUUAAAUGAUGACUCCAAAAUAAGAGAAUAGACCCACUGCUGAUCAAUUACUUCAAAAUCCUUAUCUUUUUGUACCUUAAGAAAAUGAAUUAAAAUUCCUAGAAGAAUCUAAUAAUUUAAUGUUUUAAGAAGACGAAAGAAAAAAAAAAUUAUUAGAAAAUGAAAAAAAAAGAAGGAAAUCUAUUGGAUCUUGUUUAGAGCUCAAAGGUAAAUAUGAAGCCUAAAAAUACCUUUAAAAUUUUAUAAAUAGAAAAAGAUUUGAUUCAGAUUAAUAAUUAAGAACAUCAAGAAUUAAUUGUUUUUCAUCAAAUUUACCAAAUGAAUAGUUGAACAAUAUUAAAAUUUUAAAAUCUUCAGAGGACUCUUAUGAGUAAUAUCAUCAUUCUAAGUAUUAAAAUAGAUUUGAAAAUAAGAAUUCUAGAAAUAAGAGUGCUUGA